AGGUCAAAGCAGCGUUCACGGAAGUGCAGUCUCUGUGUCUGAUGAGUGUCCCGGAGCUUUUUCCACAUGUGAUCUAAUCGCACAGUGACAGUGACGACUUUGAAAAAUGGCCGUGUAGCAGUUGUCGGGAGCAGCGUUAGUAACUUAGCUUAGCCUGAAGUGGAGGAGUUGGGAGCAGGUUUGAUAUUAAGUUGAGCUCAGGUGAGUGUUUACUUCUCUGUGACAACAUGGAGUCACUCAGCUCCGUCCUCGGAUGCUGUGCCGGCGUCGCGGUGUGUGCGCUCCUGCUGGCCGCCUACAAACUGGGUUUGAUCUACCAGCUCUUUCACAAGACUGAAACACAGAGUCCACGGCAUGGAGGCGAGAGCGUGGCAGAGGUGCUCCGCGCCCACGGGAUCAAGUACGUUUUCACUCUCGUCGGUGGACACAUCUCGCCUAUCCUGGUGGCUUGUGAGAAGCUUGGCAUCCGCAUCGUGGACACCCGGCACGAAGCCACAGCUGUGUUCGCUGCUGAUGCUGUGGCAAGACUGUCAGGCACUGUUGGUGUAGCAGCAGUCACUGCUGGCCCAGGCCUCACUAACACAGUGACGGCAGUGAAGAAUGCUCAGAUGGCUGAAUCUCCAUUGCUUCUCAUAGGCGGAGCUGCUGGCACACUACUUCAGGGCAGAGGAGCGCUGCAAGACAUUGACCAGAUGUCUCUGUUCAAGCCGCUAUGUAAGUUCUGUGCGUCCGUCAGGACGAUCAGAGAGAUCGUACCUACGGUGAGGAAGGCCCUGGCCAUCGCCCAGUCUGGAACCCCUGGACCUGUUUUCAUAGAGUUCCCCAUCGACACACUGUACCCCUACCACCUGGUAUCCAAAGAGUUUGGGGUUAAGAACCCUCCCAAGGGCUUGAUGGGGAAAAUUGUCACAUGGUACCUCAAUAACCACCUGAUUAACCUGUUUGCUGGAGCCUGGGAGACCAGAGAUGUGUCUCCGCUUCCUGUUGAUAUCCCACAAGCCACAGAGGAUCAGGUACAAAGGUGCAUAGAGCUGGUGAGUCGAGCCAAGAAACCUGUUAUUCUGCUGGGAAGCCAAGCAACACUACCUCCCAUGCCAGUUGAUGACAUUAGGAAAGCAUUGGAGGACCUGGGCAUCCCAUGCUUCCUUGGAGGCAUGUCUCGUGGCAUGCUGGGUAAAAACAGUCCCAUCCACAUCCGUCAGAACAGGAGAGAUGCUCUAAAGGACGCUGACUUGGUGCUUUUAGCAGGCACCGUGUGUGACUUCCGCCUGAGCUACGGCAGAGUUCUCAACAGACGGAGCAAGAUCAUCGCCGUCAACAGAGAUAAAUCACAGCUGCUGAAAAACUCAGAUAUGUUCUGGAAACCAACUAUAGCAAUUCAGGGUGACGCUGGUUCGUUCUUAGUGCAGCUUUCUAAAGGGCUGAAGGGUCACCGCUGUCCAGAAGAAUGGCCUCAGAGCCUCAAAACAGGAGAUGUGAACAAAGAAAAUACAAACAGAGCUAAAGCUGAUGAGAAGACAGACCGCCACUUAAAUCCACUGAAAGUCCUGCACUGUGUGGAUGAGCUGAUGGCAGACGACAGCAUCAUUGUUGCAGAUGGGGGCGAUUUUGUUGGAAGUGCUGCUUACAUAAUGAGACCAAGAGGGCCUAUGCGCUGGCUAGAUCCAGGAGCCUUUGGGACGCUGGGAGUUGGAGGAGGAUUUGCACUUGGAGCAAAACUGUGCCGGCCUGACUCUGAGGUGUGGAUAGUGUAUGGUGACGGCUCCUUAGGAUACAGUGUUGCAGAGUUUGACACGUUUACGAGACACAAGACUCCAGUUAUAGCUGUGGUGGGAAAUGACGCGUGUUGGAGUCAGAUCUCUAGAGAGCAGGUUCCCAUCCUCGGCAGCAACGUUGCAUGUGGCCUUGCAUUUACAGAUUAUCACAUAGUGGCAGAUGGUUACGGCGGCAAGGGCUACCUCAUAGGGCGUGAGGACGAGGACAGGCUGGGCGACAUCAUCAGAGAGGUUCAGAAGGAGACCGCGGAGGGCAGGGCCACACUGCUUAAUGUUCUGAUCGGGAAGACCAACUUUAGAGAGGGUUCCAUCUCUGUUUAGAGCUGCAGUGUUUUCUUUUUCCUUUAACUUUGGCUGCCUUCAGAGUUGUACUGUCAGGCUCUGUGGUGGAUUUCAGCAAAAGGGACGGCUUUGUUAAACCAAGCCCUGACCAGACCUCUGCUAAUCCUCUGUGUCCUUAAAGCCAUAUUCCGCACAUAUUUCCACAGUAUGCUGCUCUCUCAUAACAGUUCAGUUUGUAACACAUCUGCAAAAACCAGUCUGGACUAUUAUUAUCAUGGGACUAUCCAUAACCACUUAAUUUACAACUAUGUAUUUGUUGCAGUUAUUGACUGCCAAGUUCUACAUAGCUGCAGA